GAUUUCACAACUGAGACCAACAAAUUAUCUUCAGAAAAAAGCAAUUAUGAAGUAAAUUCAUAUCAUCGGGAGACAAUGAGAAGAAGUAAAACCUUGAACCUUAUGAGGUUUAUUUUCAGAAAUGACCCACAGUGCAGAACUGAAUUUGGGAGACAAUGGGAACCUAAAUUGGGAUAUUUUAGUCAAAUGAUAUUCAGAAAACAUAUAUCCCUUCCUCUACAUCAGAGAAUUUACACUAGAGAGAAAUACGAAUGUCAGGACUGUAGGAAGGGCUUUAGAAAAUACUCACACCUUACUGAACAUCUGAGGGACCACAGUGAUGUGAGACCCUAUGAAUGUGAGGAAUGUGGAAAGGCCUUUAUAGUUCUCCAGCAUUUCAUUAGACAUAAAAAAAUACACACUGAUCUGAAACACUAUGAAUGUAAUGGAUGUGAGAAGGCCUUUAGGUUUUAUUCACAGCUUAUACAACAUCAGAUAAUUCAUACUGGUGUGAAACCCUAUGGAUGCAUGCAAUGUGGGAAGGCCUUUAGACGUCAUUCUCACCUUGCUGAACAUCAGAAAAUUCAUAUUGCUUUGAAACCCUAUGAAUGUAAGGAAUGUGCAGAAACUUUUAGAUUGUACCGAAAUAUGUGGCUACAUCAGAAAAUUCAUCACGGUGUAAAACCCUAUAUAUGUAAGGAAUGUAGGAAGGCCUUUGGUCAUCGUUCAAGUCUUUAUCAACUUAAGAAAACUCAUUCUGGUGAGAAAACGUAUAAAUGUAAACAAUGUGGAAAGGCCUUUGUUCGCAGCUAUUUACUUAUUGAACAUCAGAGAAGUCAUACUGGUGAGAAGCCGCAUGAAUGUAAGGACUGUGGAAAGGCCUUCAGCAGAGGCUCGAGCCUUCUUAAACAUAGAGAAUUAAUAGUAGUGAGAAACUAUGAUUGUAAGGAAUGUGGAAAGGCCUUCUGUAGAGGCUCUCAACUUACACAACAUCAGAGAAUUCAUACUGGUGAGACGCCACAUGAAUGCAAAGAAUGUGGGAAGACUUUUAAACUUCAUUCAUACCUUAUUCAACAUCAGAUAACUCAUACUGAUUCGAAACCAUAUGAAUGUCAACAAUGUGGGAAAGCCUUCAGUCGUGUUGGAGACCAUAAAACACAUCAGUCAAUUCAUGAGGGGGAGAAACCCUAUGAAUGUAAGGAAUGUGUAAAAGCCUUUAGACUUAAUUCUCAACUAAUUUAUCAUCAGACAAUUCAUACUGGUUUGAAACCAUAUGUAUGUAAAGAAUGUAAAAAGGCCUUUCAUUCUAUCUCAGGGCUAUCUCAACAUAAAAGAAUUCAUACAGGUGAAAAACCCUAUGAAUGUAGAGAAUGUGGAAAGGCCGGUAGUCGUAGUGAUAGACUUACUCAACAUCAGAGAAUUCAUACUGGCGUGAAACCACACAAAUGUAAGCAAUGUGGGAAGGCCUUUAGUCAUUGCUAUCAACUUAUUCAACAUCAAAGAUUUCACAGUGGUGAGAAACUCCUAAUGUAAUUAGAGUCUACAAGCCUGUAGCCAUGGCACAUCUUUGACCAUUAUCACCCAAAGUGUUAUGGUAAAGAUUAAAUUAUUUAAUAUAACAUAUAAACUCUUGGAAGGGUAUUUGGCACAUACUGUUUGCUUACUAAAUAUUAUAUUUAUGAUAAUCACUAGUAUUACUACAAAUAAAUUCAUGUGGAAGGAAGA